CCUUCCACUUCCGCCCGGUCGCCUAGGCAACGCUUUGUGGGCCUUUGGACGAGAUGGCGGCCUGCUCUGUCGUGGCGACGGUGGUGCCGACACCCAUCGCGGACGGGGAGUACACAGCGGCCAUCUACGGCCUGAUCCGCGCGGGGCAGUUCGCAGAGGCGGUGGGCCUACUGAGCACGGAGCUCCAGCGAAGCUGCCGCUCCCGCGCGGGCCUCUCGCUGCUGGGCUACUGCUACUUCCAGCUGCAGGACUUCGCGGCGGCGGCGGAGUGCUACGAGCAGCUGUGCGCCUUGCACCCGGAGCUGCCCGAGUACCGCCUCUUCCAGGCCCAGGCGCUGUACAAGGCCGGCCUCUACGCCGAGGCCCUCCGCGCCACGGGCCCGCUCCUCGGCGCCACUCCUGCCGCCCCCUCGGCCCUGCAGGGCAAGGCGCUGCGCCUCCAGGCGGCGGCCCACUACGCCCAGGGCGACCUCUCCAGCGCCAAGGCCUUGGUGGAGCUCACGCUGAGCUCCGCCUCGACUGAGAGCGGUGGCGGCAGCCCGGAGGGCGACCCCUCGGAGCUGCCAGAGGCGGAGGUCAACCUGGGCUGCCUGCUCUACCGCGAGGGCCAGCACGAGGAGGCCUGUGGGAAGUUCGCCUCAGCCAUGCAGGCGCUGGGCUACUGCCCAGAGCUCUCCUACAACAUGGCGCUGUGCUGCUACGCUGCCAAGCAAUACGCUCCAGCCCUCAAGCACCUGGCCGACAUCAUUGAGCGGGGCAUGCAGCAGCACCCUGAACUGAGUGUGGGCACCAACACCGAGGGCUUGGACGUGCGCAGCGUGGGCAACACCCUGUUGCUCCACCGCACUGCCCUGGUGGAGGCCUUCAACCUCAAGGCCGCCAUCGAGUACCAGCUCUGCAACUUGCAGGCCGCCCAGGAGGCCCUCACCGACAUGCCCCCGCGAGCCGAGGAGGAGCUGGACCCUGUCACCUUGCACAACCAGGCCUUGGUUAAUAUGGACCGCCGGCCCAGUGAGGGCUUCGAGAAGCUGCAGUUUCUCCUCCGGCAGAACCCCUGCCCGCCAGAGACCUUCGGCAACCUGCUGCUCCUCUAUUGCAAGCACCAGUACUACGACCUGGCGGCCGAUGUCUUAGCCGAGAAUGCCCACCUCACCUACAAGCUGCUCACGCCCUAUCUCUACAACUACCUGGAUGCUAUGAUCACCUGCCAGACGGCUCCCGACGAAGCUUUUCAUAAGCUGGACGAGCUGGCGGGGGCUCUAACCGAACAGUUGCGGAAGCUGACCAAAGAGGUGCAGGAGUCACGGAAGAACAGGGAUGAUGAGGCACUCCGUAAAGCUGUGAACGAAUACGAUGAGACGCUUGAUAAGUACAUCCCGGUCUUCAUGGCCCAGGCCAAGAUCUACUGGGACAUGGAGAACUAUCCCAUGCUGGAGAAAAUGUUCCACAAGUCGGUCGACUUCUGCAAGGACCACGAAGUCUGGAAGCUGAAUGUGGCUCACGUGCUGUUCAUGCAGGAGAACAAGUACAAGGAGGCCAUUGGCUUCUAUGAGCCCAUUGUGAAGAAGCACUACGACAACAUCUUGCAGGUCAGUGCCAUCGUGCUGGCUAACUUGUGCGUGUCCUACAUCAUGACGAGCCAAAACGAAGAGGCUGAGGAGCUCAUGAGGAAGAUUGAAAAGGAAGAAGAGCAGCUCUCUUACCAUGAGCCCGACAAAAAGAUUUAUCACCUCUGCAUUGUCAACCUGGUUAUUGGAACGCUGUACUGUGCCAAGGGGAACUUUGACUUCGGCAUCUCGAGAGUGAUUAAGAGUUUGGAGCCUUACAACAAAAAGCUGGGGACAGAUACUUGGUAUUAUGCCAAACGGUGUUUCCUGUCGUUGUUGGAAAACAUGUGCAAGCACGUGAUCAUGGUGCGUGACACUGUCAUUCAAGAAUGUCUGCAGUUUCUGGAGCACUGUGAAAUGUAUGGUCGAGACAUCCCAGCUGUUAUUGAACAACCUCUUGAAGAAGAGAAGAUGCAUACUGGGAAGAACACGGUUACCUAUGAAGCCAGGCAUUUGAGGGCACUGAUGUAUGAAGUUAUUGGGUGGAAUAAGUAAUGGCUCUGGCAUUUCUGUCCCAAAUGGCUGGAGAACAAAGUAGAGAAAGACUUUGGCUUUUCAGACUUUUACAUGUGUACAUGUAUAGAUACAUGUGUUAUGUUUUCGUUCUUUGGCAUUCUUUUCUGCUGUUUGAACUUUAAAUUGCCUUUUUAUACCAAAAAUAAUACAGUGUUUUAUUCAUCUUAGAUAGAAAUUGAAGGUGCUUGCCUAAAUCCAGUUUCUAAGUUUAUAGUCCUAGAGAGUGUAGACUGCUCCAGUCAAUAUUUGAAUGGUAACUCGGCAAUUAAGUACCGAUUCCGGGGAUCUACUCUUAAGAUUGGCUGUUGAGGUAUCAAUUUUCUGCAUUUCAUUUUUUUAAGUUCAAAGUGACUUUAAAACAUAUGCAUAUUUAUUUUUUGUCUUUUAAGAAAUACCCAUUUUAAAUUAAAAUAUAAUUAUAUUUUUGAAUAUUAUGGAAAUAAACUGUUUCAAAAAGAAAAUAGAA